AUGACUGAACGAUCAAAACUGAUCUCAGCGUUUGUCACGCCGUUUGGCUUGUUCGAGUGGCUGCGAAUGCCUUUUGGGCUUAAGAACGCGCCCCAGAUCUACCAACGUCUGGUUGACAAUGCGUUGUAUAGAUAUCUCAAGAUCGGUCAGAGAUCAGCCUCUGAUGGCCCGAUCGACGUGUUCAAAGAUGGAGAGCCUGAGACAGAUCGACGACCGUCUAUACUGGGACGCCGAUCUUACAUUGAUGAUAUUCUCAUACCAGCCACGUCAUGGGGAUCUUUGUACACAAAAGUAGAACGGUUGCUGGAGGCAUGUGAUAAGUGGAAUCUGUCUAUCAGCCUCACGAAGAGCUUUUGGGGGUGCCGUAAGGUCGAUUAUUUGGGACCUCGAGUGUCGAUGGAUGGUCUGGAGGCUCAGCCCAAGAACCUAGAGUCGUUGGUUAACAUCCCGUUUCCUAGCACGCUACGAGCUAUGCAAUCCUUUCUCGGGAGCUUGAACUACUACCGUCGCUUCAUUGAGGAUUUCGCGGUGUAUGCCGCGGUGUUGUAUGAGUUAAGAGAAUCGGAUUUCUUCGAGAUCGGCCGAUCUCAGCUUGCAGCAGGAGACGAAUGCUCCAACGAGGGUCGAUGGACGGAAGCCAAGGUUGCUUUCACUAUGCUAAAAGCUAAGAUAGCUACAGCUCCCAUGCUCAAGCAUUUCGACCCAGAUCGGUCCCCCGUAAUCGUGGUCUACGCUAGCAAGUGGGCUGUCUCAGCGGCCCUGAUACAGGAGUACGAUGGCGUGUACCAUCCGGUGACGUUUACUAGCCGCACUUUAAAGCCUAAUGAGCUUAACUACGGAACGGUAGAAAAAGAAGUGCUGGCGCUACUUCGUGUGCUGGAUGUAUGCUAUACUACGCUGCCUCGCGGGAGAUCACUGUACUGA